AUGCUGUACAAGACGAAUUUGUGUAAGUUCUACUUGAAGGGCACGUGUAAACGUGGCCACAAGUGUUCCUGGGCACAUGGCGAGAAGGACAUUCGCCCGUUCCCCGCCUUCUUCAAAACUCGCAUGUGCUACAACUGGAUCUACUUUGGAACAUGUGAUCGGCAGCCCUGUACCUACGCUCACUCCCAUCUCGAGCUGCGAGGCUCGGGCAAGGCUCUGCGGCUCUGCAACUACUAUUUCCGCGACGCUCACUGUCCCAAAGGCGCAAGGUGCCCGAUGGCCCACGAUGUGAACCAGCUGGACCCAGCGAUAAAGAAUCUGCCGCCGCUUCUGACGGACUGGUCCGAUAACUCCCCCUGCCAGGGCCCGCCGUCUGGCGGAGGGGGCUCCAACGCCGCUUGCAGUGGCGCCCUCCUCCGCGACGCAAACGCGGUCACACAGCAGCCCCCUUCGCUUCAGGGAUGUAUGCCACCCGCGGGCCUUCGGCGCCCUUCGGGCUACUCUUUGGCAGCCCAGCUCCCCAAUCAGCAGCAGCCUCCACCGAACCCUCAGGAGCUCCUCAGGCACAACUUCACCGCUUCGCCUCCCCCCGCCCCCCACGCACGCGGCCCUGUCUAUCCUCAGGGGCCUCCUCCUGCAGGGAACCACCUGGGCGCAGGUCUGCCUACGCAGAAUGGCGCCCCCUCGCCGCACCAUCACACAGUCCAGCAGCUGAAUGCAGGUCUUUCCCUUGAUGAACGGCUGCCCAUCGCCCACGGGUCGCACAGCGGCGGCGGGCCCCCGGGGGGGUCUCCAACGUUCUGCCCACCGACGCCGGCAGGCCCUGGCGCCGAUGUCUAUUCUCCUGCCUCUUCGCGCCAUGGAGGGCCUUUCGUAUGUGGAGGGGGCUUGGAGGUCGACAACGGGUCGCGAAAUUUUGGAGCGCCGCCUGUUCAGCUCUAUCCUUUCGGCGGGAACAACGGCGCAUGCACCCCUGCGAGUGGUCGCGCAGGCGGCGUCCGACCCUCGCCGCCCAGGCUGCUGGUGGGCGACGGGAGACACCCGAAGCAGGCAGGAGGGGCUCUCGACAGCUCGCCCUCAUCGCUGGAUCCUCCGCCACAGCCUCCAGCGCCACAGAACGCCGGCGCGGCCCACGGGUCCGGUAGCUCGCGCGAUCUUCUGCCUGGAAGGGCGCGCGCCCCUGGCGCCACUUUCGCGCCGCUGCGAGCGGACCCGCAGACGAACGCUUUCACUCCGUCCCUGGAAGGCGUGCUUCGCGACCCACACGGCCCAAGAGGAUCGCUGCUGUCUGACACGUGGAUGUGGCAUCAGCAGCCCUCGGGGUUGCCCGUGUCGCCCCCUGCCGACGACGGGAGCGGCGCGAUUGAGGCCGCCACCUGGUCGGCGCCGGGGCCGUCGUCGUUACUUUCCGGAGUCGGGGGAGACGGGGCGUUUUCAGAGCCAGGCACCCACCGGCACGGCCAGCACUCCCUUCUCUACGAAUUUCAGCAGGGGGAGGGGAGUCUCAGCAGGCGGGGCUCGAACAGCGAUUCGUACCCAGGCGGCUGCGACCCUUUUGAUCACUUGUGGGCUCUCUUGGAUGACACGCCUGCGCCUGCCAACAGCGAGGGACGGGGCGUGAGCAAUGGGUUGAACAGCCGCUUGCUCGACUUGCGUUCAUCCGCGAGACUGAUUUGCGAGUCGGGAGUGGACACGGCUGGGGACGACGUUUUCUGGACAGGGAACGCGUUGAGUGAACUGAUUGGGGCGGAAAAACGUGAGGCGACUGAGGGGUUCAGAGACUCUUGCUCAACCGACUGCAGCCAGAGCAUGUGCCACAAUCACCGUGUCAAUCUGUCGAAUCCGGGGACUGAUGCCGCCUCGGAGGACGCGAGCCCCGGCUCGCUUCCGGCUGUUGGCGUGUCGGGCCCAAAGACCAACGACGGCGCGAGUCGGACUCCGGAUGGGGGGGGCGGGGCAGGGUGUCUGGCAACUGCAGGUUGCCUCCCUGGAGCCGGCGCCUGCGGCAGGGCCGGUGGCGGCGCCUUCUGCUUUCCAUCCAGUAAUAGCAUCAGUGCCGCAGCGUCCGCGCCAGGGGGCCCAGCGCCGGGUGCCAACACCCUGGUGACAUCUGGCAGAGACGCAUAUCUUCCACAGACGCGGCAUGUGCGACGGGGGUCUCCCGCGGCUGUGGUGCAGGCGGCAGGCUUCUCACUCAUGCCUGGUGGCGGGGCUGCCCCUGCGGCGUCCGUGGGCGGCGAGCCAGGCCAGUCUGCGCAGCACGUCGGGAAGGACAGUGAAGACGCGGAUGACGUGGCUUGCUUGUGUCCUCCAACGCUCGCCAGUGGGGGGAGGAUGUGGGAGGACAGCUGCCGCACCACGACGGGCGGCGCGGGGCCGGAGGCGGGCUUUCGCGGUCACGCGUGCUGCAGUCCAAGCAAUAGCAAUAGAAGCUUCAACAGAAACUACAGCACAAGUCUCGGCACAAGUGGCGGCGGCAGCGACGUUGCGACUAGCGAAGUUUCCCAGCACGGACUCCGGAACUGCUUCGACGUGGUGGGAGGCGGCGCUCAGGGGCCCUCGUGCGGCUGGUCUCUGGGCGGCCGCGCCGGGAACGACGUCGUUGCUGAUCUUAGCACAUUGGAAGGGGGUUGA